GGUGUCACAGAAGCCACCAGCUUCAGCAAAAACCCCUAAACCCCACCGUGUAUCUCUUCAAAACCCGACACGCAAACAGAGUGUCAACAAAGAAGAAGAAGAAGAGACCCAAGUUGAAAAGAGAAGAUGAAUGAAGAGGAGGACAGACCACCCAAUAGAGAACUGUACGCGCUGCUUCACAUAUCACCUGACGCCUCCGAUGACGAAAUCAGAAAAUCUUACCGGCAAUGGGCCCAAAUCUACCACCCAGAUAAAAUUCAAGCUCCCCAUAUGAAAGAAGCUGCUACAGAAAACUUCCGACGAAUAUGCGAAGCCUAUGAGAUAUUGUCGGAUGAGAACAAGAGGAAGAUAUAUGAUAUUUAUGGUAUGGAAGGGUUGAAUUCCGGUUUGGAGCUUGGGACAAAGCUGAGUAAAGCAGAAGAGAUCAAGGAGGAACUUGAGAAGCUGCGGAAAUUGAGGGAACAACAGAAGACCGCAGAACAUUUUCUACCUUCUGGUACCAUACUGGCCAGGAUGUCUUUACCACACUUUUUACGCGGCCAGGGCUUCAUGAAAGGAAUGGCUAUGACAAGUUCAGUACAGUCUCAGAUAUCAAAACGCAAUACACUAUCAAUUGGCGGAAAUGUGGUAGUUAAUGGGAACUCUGGCGGUGGAGGAGCUACUCUUGUUUUUGGGCAUCAGCUUUCUCCAGUUUCUUCCAUAGAGUUUGUAGGCUCAACUGGUUUAAAUUCUCUUCUUGGGGUGCAGACAUCUCGUCACUUAUCUCAACAUUUAUCUGCAACAAUGGGACUUGCACUGUCUUUGAAAGACGGUUCACUGAAUCUCUCCAACAUGUGGACACGACGACUGUCUGAAACUGCAAGUGGAAAUAUCGAGCUUGCUCUGGGCUCUGAUUCAUCUAUUGCGAUAGGAUGGGACAAGAAAGAAGAGAAAUCAUCUGCUUCUGGACAGCUGAAGUUGGGAAUAAGUUCUUUUGAGGCAUCAGCUAAUUAUACUCAUCGUUUUUCAAAAAAGUCUCAUGGUCAUCUAGAAGGCAAAAUUGGAAGCCAUGCCCUUGUGAUUGAAGUUGGUGGUGGGAGAAAGAUAUCGAAAUUCAGUGCCGUCCGCAUGUUGUAUUCAAUAGGAAUUCAGGGUAUCUCUUGGAAAUUUGAAUUGCAUCGUGGAGGCCAAAAGUUAAUUGUUCCUAUUUUGCUUUCAAGGUAUUUGGAUCCUGUGUUUGCAACUGGAGCAUUCUUAAUUCCAACAUCGGUGUACUUCUUAGCCAAGAAAUUCAUUGUCAAGCCUUAUAUUCUCAAGAGGGAAAAGCAGAAGGCUUUAGAGAACAUGGAAAGAACGUCUGCCAAGGUUAAAGAGGCACGAGCAGCAGCAGAUAAAGCCAAGCUGUUAUUACAAAAUGUUGCAAAUAGGAAACAGAGAAAACAGCAAGAAAUAGGGGGCCUGGUAAUCACCAAGGCACUGUAUGGGAGUGUCAAAGCUUUGAAGAAAAGGGACAAACCUAUAGAAUCAGUUGAUGAAUUAGCUUCACAGUUCAUUGAUGUUGCAUUGCCUCUAAACUUUCUUGUCAGCGACGAUGGGCAACUCAAGCUUCACGAAGGUGUAAAGAAGUCUGGCAUUAUGGGCUUUUGCGAUCCAUGUCCCGGAGAGCCUAAGCAGUUGUAUGUAGAGUACACUUAUGGUGGCAAUUUUUACGAGGUGGUAGUUGAUGAUUAUGCUGAGUUGCUAUUACCUCAGGAAACACACAGAAUUUGAGCAUCCAUUUUACGACGCUUAAAUCUACAUUUUGAUUACCUCUCACAUUUUGCAUGUUAUACAAGCCUCUUACCAAGGAAUUAGAAUUUGGUACCCCCAAAAUGUAAAGGUAUCUCAACUAGAGUUUUUCUUUGCUGCAUUUUUCUUCUUGAUAUUUGUGUUAGUACUUUGGCUGAAGUUUGAAUAAUAGCCAGUUCUUUUUAUACAUUAGACA